UGUGGCCACUCCCCACGCAGAUCCUGCCCAUCUCCCGUGAGUGUGACUCUCUCAGGACACCAGGCUCACACCAAGGCUUUAAGUCAAUUAAUUAGGGAUUCUUGUCAAUCCAGGGAAUGAAUGGCCAAUGGCACGCUGACCACAAAUGAUCUGGGAGCCCGUGGGCUUCCAGUGAUCCUGCGCUGCUGCCGCUGCUAGGAUGCUGCGAGGGAGUAAGGGGGGAUUCAUCCGUACUUUCAAGGGGAGGUAAUUUGCUGAGAACAAGGGGCAGGCUUUGCAAAGUAUAAAUACUGCGACUUCAAUAGCCCCAGCCUAUGUGAUGUGAAAGUCUUAGCGGGGCCGAUUCACAGAGGUGUCUAUGGAGUGAGAUUGAGUGGGUUUCCUGCAUCCCACAGCCCAUUGAUGUCUUAUUAUUAAGGUUUCAGGGACCCUGGAAGGAAGAUCUGCCAGGUUAUUAGCGGCUGCACAAGCGGCGAUGGAAGAACUCACUGCUUUUGUGUCCAAAUCGUUUGAUCAGAAGAUAAAGGAAAAAAAGGAGAUGAUCACUUACCGGGAAGUGCUGGAGAGCGGACCGGCCCGCGGGAAGGAGCCGGGCUGCGGCGAAGGGGCCAGAGAGGACGGGAUACCCGUGGUCCGGGGUGUAGGAGGGGGUGGCGGCGGAGGAGGUGGCGGAGGAGGUACCCGAUCACCGGCCCUGGAGCUCGAACUGACCGCCGACAGGAUCAGGGACACGGGGAGCCCCAAACUCACAGAGGUGUCUCCUGAAAUGAAGGAGCGGAAGGAAGACAUGAAAGUUCUGGAGGAUGAGGGACAGACCAAAAUCAAGCAGAGAAGGAGCCGGACUAACUUCACCCUGGAGCAGCUGAACGAGCUGGAGAGGCUGUUCGAUGAGACCCACUACCCUGAUGCCUUCAUGCGGGAAGAGCUCAGCCAGAGGCUGGGACUGUCAGAGGCCAGAGUCCAGGUUUGGUUUCAAAACAGAAGAGCAAAAUGCAGAAAGCAAGAGAACCAGCUUCAUAAAGGGGUCCUGAUAGGAGCUGGGAGCCAGUUUGAAGCAUGUCGUGUAGCACCUUAUGUCAACGUGGGAGCCCUGAGGAUGCCAUUCCAGCAGGAUAGUCAUUGCAACGUGCCCUCCUUGUCCUUCCAGGUGCAGGCACAGUUGCAGCUGGACAGCGCGGUUGCACAUGCGCACCACCACCUCCAUCCUCACCUGACCGCACACGCCCCCUACAUGAUGUUCCCGGCCCCGCCCUUCGGCCUCCCUCUGGCGACCCUGGCUGCGGAGACGGCUACGGCCGCGUCUGUCGUGGCCGCGGCCGCUGCCGCCAAAACUACCAGCAAGAACUCCAGCAUUGCAGACCUCAGACUGAAAGCCAAAAAACACGCAGCUGCCCUGGGACUGUGACUGGCAGCCCCGGGGCCCUCAGCAAGCAGGGCCCUACAGACUUUAUCCCAAGCCUUUUAUUUAUGGUCUGCAGUCUCCAACUCAAACCAAAUCCCUCACAGAUAUUUUCCUGAAACCCAGGAGGAAUCCAAAAAAUAAUUAAUAAAAAAAAAACACUGGCUGAAGAGAACUGCGCAGUCUAGACUCUUGAGACCCUGGCUCCUCUGGUCUGGGAUGUUGGUCCAACAAAUGGUCUCACUACCUAAGAGGGUUUUUUUUUGGCCACAAACUCUCUUUAAUAAAGGACACACUACAGAGGAAAAAACACUUUCAUUAUAUUUGCUAAAUAAUCUAUGAAUUAUGGAUUUUUUUAUGCCAACAUGUGUGAGCAAUGGGGGUGGGAACCCUUUUUUGUACUGUGGAACUUUAAAAAGAGAAGAGCAAAAAAUCCAGAAAAGAAUGGAUACAGACAUACCAGGGGGGGAAAAGGACUCUUUUGUGCAAAGUUCACUUUAAUAAAAAAAAGAAAGAAAUUUGGCAAGCGAGGCGGGCCUCCUUGCACCUUAUCUUCUGGAUUCUCAGAUCGAUCUGGAAGAAUGACUAAUAAUAAUUAAAAAAAAAGACAAAGAAGGCAAUUUCUCUGCUCAUCACAAAUGUACAGAUGUGACAUGUCCCUGGUUUGCAUGUUCUAGCCAUGUUCUCGUUUUUUGAAAUUCACACUUCAUCCUCACCGUUAUUAGAAAUACAUUUGGGAAGAAAGGAGUAUUGUGAUAGAGUUUUCCCCAGGAAACAGCACAAAAAUAUGCUAGAAAUAUAAUAAUAAUAACAGGAGGCCCUUUUAAUCAUCUUGGGGCCAUUGGGUGUGUAUUGGAUUACCUGUAAGGUAUGGAUCACCCCUCUGGGCUUCAAAUGGUUAAAAAGAUCUUGUGCUAUUCUUUCUGCAUUAGCCAAUAACAUGAAUACUGAAUUGAAGCAUCCGAUUGGUCCGCUUGAUCCCGGACCUGACGUGUCCUGUAUUAAAGCUGAUAUUUAAUGCACAGAUCAUGCUAGCCGUUGGCUACGUGUAAAAUAUGUUAAUACACAUGAACAAAGUUUAUUUUGGUUACAUUGUGAAAUGGAUAGUUAACGGUUAGAAUUUUGGUUUCCUAAAAGGUGUAUUCUAUUCAAGUAUCUUGUGACCUUUAUUUUGAAUACAUAUAGAUAUUUAAUGUGGGGCGGGGGGAUGCCGAAGUGGAAAUUUUAUCAUUACAGUUUGCCAGCAAACUUGAUUUCUGGAAAUUUGGUUUUGGAAAUAAGGGAAAUAUGCUCUUCUAUAAAAUGAACUUUGAUGGGUGGGCUUUGUAUUGAUUUGUUCUCCAUGAAAACAAGUCAUUUAUAUAUAUAUAUAUAUAUAUAUGCCAUUUUUUUCAGUGUGCUUUUAAGUUAUUCUAAAAAUCCUUUGUAUGUUAUUGCGGCAUUACAUUUUGAUGUUGGUACAAUAUAUUUUAAAAUCACUCAGGUUCAUUUCAUCUUUGCAAAACCACUUCCUUUAUUAUUUAUUAUUAUAAUAAUAAUUAUUAUAUUUUAUUUAUAUAGCACCAACAAUUUACACAGCGCUUCUUAUAGUGCAUACAUUGAAAGGGUAUGACAAAA